AUGCGUCUCAAUGUGUCGUCUAUGAUGGAGCGCCUCCAGGACCAGACUGCCUCGGAUAUCCUCGACCUCCAGCAACGACCCGUUGCCUCCCCCUCCAGACCAUCUGACCAUCUGGUGCCUCCCCACCCGAACGACGUGGUGCCUCACCCUCCAGACCAUCUGGUACCUACCCACCCGAACGACGUGGUGCCUCCCCCUCCAGACCACCUGGUGCCUCCCCACCCGAACGACGUGGUGCCUCGCCCUCCAGACCAUCUGGUGCCUCCUCACCCGGACGAGGUGCUCGGUUGCGUGUAA